UCACGACCCGAGGGCAUCGCGGAGCGUGAGGGUGGUCUGGUGUCCGCGUCGUUGUAUAUUUUCGGGAAUACUUGCUUUCUGUGCUCGUUUUUGGUAUAAAACUGUUGAAGAAGAAUUCGAGGAAGCUUUUAAGUUUAGAUAUAAGGCUAUCUGUGACCUCUUAUUAGGUGCCCCAGCGGCCGCGUGGCAUGCCGGCCCCGCCAGUUCGCGGUUCGAAUGGCCGACCCCGAUAGCGCGGACGGCGGCGCAGACGACUGCAUCGCGCGCCGGCUGCGCUCCUCGAGCCGACAGCAGCGACACAGGUCCACUGAAGGCGGCUCCGACGCCGGCGGCUCGAAGCGUAGUUUGUCGGUCGAUCACCAGAGCGGCGCCACUGAGCGGACCAGACGGGCGUCACGCAGUCCGUCGACUCAAGGGCGGGCCGAGAAAAGACGUCGCGUGAGCACGCCCACCGAGAGGCCGCAAGAGGCCAAGAAGCGUCACCGAGGCAGCAGCGGCGGCAGCCGAAAGACCGUGUCUCGGUCUCCGGAGCCGUCUACCAGCGGUCAGCAGCCGCAGCAGCAGCAGCAGCGGGCGGCCAGCAGCCGACACCGCCAGCUGGAGCCGUCGGCGGCGGCAGGCCCGGCCGCCCCCGCCCCCGCCCCCGCCCGCACCGGCAGAGGCCGUUCGCCGGGCCAGCCGUCUCGGCGCCAGCGCUCGGCCGACAGGGGCGGACCGUCGCCAGGAGGGCCGGUGGCCGGCGGUGCACAGCCAGCCUCCAACACGGGGUCCUGUACCAGCAGCAGCGGUCGGCGAGGCUCGCGGGCCGGCGGAAAGGUGGCUCUGGGCGGCUCCAUGUCGUCGGAAGGAGCGCCGGCGGAUGAGGCCGCCGGCGGCUCGGGCAGCGCCGCCGCCGCCGCCGCCGCCGGUGCCGCCAGCCCGGCCGGAGCGGCCGGCGGCGGGCCGGCCGCCGAGCGCGGUGCCGGAGCCGCGGGCCUGGCCGGCGCGGCGGCGCUGCUGGGCGCCGGCGCUGCCGCCGAGGAGGAUGGCGACAUGGGCCGCCUGCAGGCGCUGCUGGAGGCUCGCGGCAUCCCUUCGCACCUGAUCGGUGCGCUGGGGCCGCGCAUGCAGCAGAUGCUCCACCGCAGCAUGGGCAGCAGCUCCAAGAUCCAGCAGCUGGUACAGGGCCUGCAGGCGACUGAUGACGAGACACAGCAGCUGCAGGCCGUCAUUGAGAUGGGCCAGCUGCUGGUCAUGGGCAACGAGGAGACUCUGGCCGGCUUCCCGAUUAAACAGGUGGUGCCGCCACUCAUCGCCCUCCUGCAGAUGGAGCACAACUUUGACAUCAUGAACCACGCGUGCCGGGCGCUGACGUACCUGAUGGAGGCGCUACCGCGCAGCACGGCCGUCGUGGUCGAAGCGGUGCCGGUGCUCUUACAAAAGCUGCAGGUCAUCCAGUGCAUGGACGUGGCCGAGCAGAGCCUCACUGCGCUGGAGCUCAUCAGCCGUCGGCACAGCAAGAACCUGCUCCAAGUGGGCGGCAUCUCGGCCUGUCUGAUGUACGUCGACUUUUUCUCGCUGACGGCUCAGCGCGCGGCGCUGGCCAUCACGGCCAACUGCUGUCUGUCGCUGACACAGGACGAGUUCCACCUGGUCAGCGAUAACCUGCACAUUCUCUCCGAGCGGCUCACACACCAGGAUAAGAAGACUGUGGAGAGCGUAUGUCUGGCGUUCAGCCGUCUGGUGGACACGUUCAAGACCGAUCCAGCCAAAGUGAAGGAGAUCGCUCGCCACGGCCUGCUCGCCAAUGUCCAGCGCCUGCUGAUGGCCACGCCGGCCGUCAUCAGCAGCUCGACGUUCUGCGAGGUGACCAAGAUGCUGCGCGUGCUGUGCAGCUACUGUCCCGACAUCGCCGUCCAGCUGCUCUCGGAGAACAUCGCCGAAACGCUCUGCUAUCUGCUGGUCGGCAACCGCGAGCAGAUGGAGCUGGUCUCCCGCAACCCUGAGGAGCUGUACGCUCUGAUGUGUCUGGUCGGAGACCUGCUGCCCGCCCUGCCCACGGACGGACUCUUCAGCGUCGACCAGUGGCUCUUCAGGAUAUACCCGCGGGAGUAUGUGCAGUGGCAGUGGCGUGAUGAUCGUAACAACUGGCACAACUACUCACACGCCGACAGCUUCACGGUCGAGACGGCGAACCAGGCCGGCGACGACGAAGUGCAGCUGGACUUCAUGGGCCGCCACUACACCAUCGACUUCAACACCAUGCGCCAGAUCAACGAGGGCACAGGCACAUCGCGGCCCAUCCAGCGGCGCACGGUGACGGGUCCGGCGGCCGGCGCCGGCGCCCCGGGCACGCCCGCUCCGGCGCCCCCGCCCGGCGCCGACCCAAGGCUCACGGCACUGCAGGGCAACCGACCGCUGUUUGCUGGCCUGGUGGGCACCCUGUUCUCGAUCCUCUACAAGGUGUACAGCUCGUGCGCCGGCCCGGCUGUGCGCCAUAUGUGUCUGCGCGCCAUCCUGAGGAUGGUCUACUUCGCCAGCCCUGAUAUGCUAAAGGACCUGGUGGGCAUUCAGGAGGUGUCCUCCCACCUCACCGGUAUGCUCUCCUCCGGAGACCUGAAGAUCGUCGUGGCCGCUCUCCAGCUGGCAGAGGUGCUCAUCCAGAAACUGCCCGAGCAGUGCAGCGUCCAUUUCAGACGAGAAGGUGUGGUGUACCAGAUUAACCAGCUGGCUGCCGAUCCGACGGCGCCCGCCCCGUCCCCUGUGGCCGGCGGCGCGGCCGGCGCGGCGGGCAGCAGCGGCGGCAGCGGCGGCGGCACGGAGCUGUGUGCCGCCGGACCCAGCAGCGCCUCCCUGCCCGCCUACCUGGAGACGCCGCCGCCGCCGGCCGCCGGGUCUGCGGCCGGUGACGAGGGGACCAACCUCAGCCUCAGCGACGUGCUGAAGCGUAAGCGGACCUCGAAGCGGCCCGGAAACGCGUCACGCAAGUCGCGGCAGGAGGAGGCGUCACAGUCGGCAUCACCGAGUAUGGCCAGCUCGGCCAUGGAGUCGCUCUCCAGAGCUGCGGGUACCAGUCGCGGCAGUGUGGCCGGCAGCUCGGCCGGUGCCGCCGGCGGCUCGGCCGCGCGCGGUAAGGCGGCCGGCGGCUGCGCGGGCGGCAGCCGCUUCCAGACCUCGUCGUUCCUGGCCAGCCUGAACCCGGCCCGCUGGGGACGCAGCGUGUCCAACUCACCUCUCGGCGACCGGGGACUCAACAAGGACGGCCUGCUGAACCGCGCCUCGAGCAGCCCCAGUCUGUCGGGCAGCAAGGAGCGCGUGCGCGGCUGGAUCCGCGAGCGCGCUCAGCAGUUUAUCGCGCGCCACUUCUCGGGCGACACGUCCGGUCACACGGCGCUGAUGUCUCGUCUGGGCGGCGCGCUGAGCCGACUCCGACAGCCGCCGGCGGCCUCCGCCGAGUCGGCACUGGCCGAGAUCGGCGCCGUGCUCCGCCACUCGGAUAUCUCACCGUUCGAGGUGCUGCAGAGCGGCCUGGUGCAGCAGCUCACCGCCUUCCUGACGGACGGCGAGGGCGCUGAGCGCGAGCGCCGCCUGCGCCUGUUCCUGCACGUGCUGGCCGGCUGUCCGCGCGCGCCCGAGGAGCUGGUGGAGCCGUUCCUGGCCACCUCCGAGCUGACGGCGCCGCUGCAGGCGCUGGUGGCCAAGCUGAACGCCUGCGUCACUCAGGUGGAGCAGCUGGUUGUGAAAGUGCAUGACGUUUCGGAGACGGCCGGCGGCCCGUCCGGCCAGAGCGCGCUCAAGUAUUUCAACCAGAACCAGCUCAAGUGUAAUCUACAGCGUCAGCCGGACUGCACAAGUCUGCGCCAGUGGCGCGGCGGGCCCGUCAAAAUCGACCCGCUGGCCCUCGUACAGGCCAUAGAGCGCUACCUGGUGAUCCGCGGCUACGGCCGGAUCCGCGACGAUGACGACGACGGCUCCGACGACGGCGACUCGGACGACGAUAUCGACGAUACGCUGGCGGCAGUGAGCAUCAGCCAGGGCAACAACCACAAGCUGCAGUUCGUCAUCAACGACCACGUGCUGCCGUACAACAUGACCGUGUUCCAGGCGAUCCAGCAGUUCAGCCAGGACACGACUGACUCGGACUCCGAGCUGACGGUCGGCUCGACGCACCUCUUCCAGCGCACGCACACCAUCUACUACCGUCCGGCGCCGGAGGAGAGCUCGCAGUCGGCGGCCCGCGGCGGCGGCUCGCACGCCAAAAAGGGCAGCAAGAGCGGCGCCAGUAAACACGGCGGGAAGCGGCGCGACGAGCUGUGGACGGAGGGUGUGGCGCCCGAACCGGCCUGUCCCCUGCUGCCCUACCUGACGGCGCGGCUGCCCGAGCACGUGACCGUCUCAGAUCCGUGUCUGGAGACGCUGCAUCUGCUACGGCUGCUGCACGCGCUCAGCAGACACUACGGGAGCCUUUACCAGAUGAGCAACUCGGCGCCGCUCAUCGCUCAGUCGGAGUUCAUCAACAGCAAGGUGUCGGCGAAGGCGAACCGGCAACUGCAGGACCCUGUGAUCGUCAUGACGGGCAACACGCCGCAGUGGCUGCAGCAGAUCGGUCUGGCCUGUCCGUUCCUGUUCCCGUUCGAUACGCGUCAGCUGCUGUUCUUCACGUCCACAUUCGACCGUGACCGGGCGCUGCUGCGUCUGAUCGAGAGCUCGCCAGAGCUGCAGGCCGCCGACUCCGAGGACCGCAUCGCGCCCAAGCUGGAGCGUAAGAAGCGCACAGUGUCGCGAGAUGACCUGGUGCGCCAGGCUGAGGCGCUGAUGGCCGAAUUGGCCGGCUCGCGGGCGUUGCUCGAAGUGCAGUAUGAGAACGAGGUGGGCUCCGGCCUCGGACCGACGCUGGAGUUCUACUCGCAGGUCUCACGAGAACUGCAGCGGGCGGACGCGGAGCUUUGGCGCGGAGACCGGUACCGGCCACCGGCCGAGAUCGUCACCGACAAACUCGGGCCGUCGUCGUCCUCCGCGUCAGCCCCAGCCGACACAGCGGAGUACAUCCACGCGCCGCUGGGACUCUACCCGGCGCCCGUGGCCAGGUCGAGCAAGUCGGGAACGGUGACACGGCUUAAGUCCAAGUACAAGUUCCUCGGUAAGCUGAUGGCCAAGGCGCUGACGGAUUUCCGUCUGCUGGACCUGCCGCUGAGCGUGCCGUUCUACAAGUGGCUGCUGCGCCAGGAGCGCUCCAUGACACUGCAGGACGUGCACCUGCUGGACCCGUCGCUGGCGGCCACGCUGUCGCAGCUGGCGGCCGUGGCGCGGCGGCGCCGACACCUGGAGGCCGACCAGACGCUGACGGCCGAGCAGCGCCGCGCCGCCAUCGAGGCGCUCGGCGUGGACGGCUGCUCCGUGGAGGACCUGGGACUCGACUUCACGCUGCCCGGACACUCGAGCAUCGAGCUGAAGCGGGGCGGCCGGGACGAGCCGCUGACCAUCCACAACCUCGACCAGUACCUCAAGCUGCUGACUCACUGGCUGCUCUAUGAGAGCGUCUACCGGCAAAUGGAGGCGUUCAGAGAGGGCUUCGAGUCGGUGUUCCCGCUAGAGAACCUGGGCAUGUUCUUCCCUGAGGAGAUUGACAGCCUGUUCUGCGGCAGCCAGGAGAGCUCGUGGGACGAGCGGACGCUAACCGAGGCGUUCAAGCCGGACCACGGCUACACACACGAGUCGCCGGCCAUCAAGCGUCUGGUGCGCGUGCUGACAGAGUUCAGCGGCGAGCAGCGGCGUCAGUUCCUCAGCUUUGUCACCGGAUCGCCGCGCCUGCCCGUCGGAGGGUUCCGGGCGCUCUCGCCGCCGCUCACCAUCGUCCGUAAGAUCGUGCAGCCCAACGAGAACCCGGACGACUUCCUGCCGUCCGUGAUGACGUGCGUCAACUACCUGAAGCUGCCCGACUACACCAGCCUCGAGAUCAUGGCUGAGCGCAUCGCCACCGCCGUGCGCGACGGACGGCUCAGCUUCAUGCUCUCGUAGUGCGGCCGCGGCCGAGACGCGGGCGGAGAACUUGUGAUAUAGCGGAGACACACUCACACACGCAGACUGACACACGUACACGUUCACCAAAUAUGGCGACGGGCGUCGCCGCGCCGCCGGCUGCCCUCGCUCGAUCCAGACGCUUUCUGUGUUUUUACCCGAGCUUUUCUAGGAUGAUGUGCCGCUCUCUGUGCGCCGAGGGCGGCUGUGGUGCCGGCGACGGCCGGGCGGCGCCGCGGCGGCGGAGGCGGCGGCUGGGCGCGCUUUGAUACCGUUUUCCACGCACGGGCGGUCACUGGGCCGGCCGGACUGGGGUUUGCGCCGUGCCGGUGCCGCCAGCCGGCCGGUCGGCGGCCGCCGCCGUGUGCGGACGGUCGGCGGGUCAUGCCAGCCAGUAUUGGCGGUGUUCGCGGCGCCGGGCGCCGGACCGUGUCAUUCUGUUCCGCUCUCCCCGGUCGGACGGCGGCCGCGAUGUGGCGCCCUCGCGACGGCGACAGUGACGCCACCAGACGCCCAGAGGCGGCCAACACUGGCCGCGCGGCGGGCCGUUUUGUAAAGAGCGGUACGAUGCGGUCGCCAGACGGGCGAAAUGUUACAGCGGCGCGCUGACUGAAGAGGCGGCGCCCGUAGUGUCUGUGCCUGGGCAUACAGAAGUGCCCGCCGAAUCCAGAGACUUGUGCAGGGACUGCGAGUUGCGACCGAGUGUAAGAGGGACUCUGUGUACUGUCCGAGCUGUGUACGCGUGUGAGAGGAGUGACGAGUGAGGUGUGCAAAGUGUGAGAUAGCCGAGAGGUGGGUGGGGACCGCCGGUGUUGGCGGCACUCUCAGACAUUGUGUGCGCGUUCCAGAGAACAGCUGAGUUUGUUUACAUUGAAGUAGUGCUAAAUUUCUGUUCGACCUAUUACAGUUUGUGUCCAUGAGAAAAGGGCUGAAUACACUGUGAGGCCUCCAA